GGCUUUCUACAACAUCAUGCAAGGAUUCAACAAAUACUAUCCACCCGACUACGAUGGAGAGAAACAUGGAAGUCUCAACUCUUACAGAGGUUGUCAAAUUCAAUAUACGAAGUCCCCGCAUCAUGGUUUGACGUGAUCGAUAGGCAAACACGCACUUGGAGAUAGAGCUCGCAAGAUUGACCAAGGCAUUUUGAUCGUUCGAUUUGAACUUCCUUUCAACAUCUGGUGUGGGACCUGCAACAAUCAUAUCGGAAUGGGUGUCAGAUACAACGCAGAAAAGAAGAAGAUAGGAAAUUAUUACUCGACCCCCAUAUUCUCGUUUCGAUGUAAAUGCCACCUCUGCAGCGGAUGGUUUGAGAUCCAAACGGAUCCUAAAAAUACACGUUAUGUUGUCGUUUCGGGGGCAAGACAAAAAGAUGAAGAUUGGAAUCCUGAAGAGAACGGUGGCUUCGCUGUUCAUGAUACCGAUGGCAAGGCAGAAUCUAUCGAUCCUCUCGCGGCUCUCGAAAAGACUACGGACGCCCAAAAUCACCAUAAAAACGUACAAGUACCCCGUCUUGAGUCUCUAAUGGAUCUGUCGGAACAGUGUAACGCGGAUCCGUAUAGCCUGUCGCUCAAGUUACGCAGACAGUUCCGCCAGGAUAAGAAGGUCCGCUUGGAGAAAGAGAAGGAGGACGGAAAAGUCCGCGAUCGUUAUGCCCUACCAACAACCCUUAAAUUGGCCGAAGACGACGAAAAGGCAUUGGAAGAAGCAAAAGAUCAAUGGACCAAAGCACGUCAGAAAAAGUUACUACUCGAAAGCAAACAGCGAAAGCUGCCCACUAUGACAUCCAUCACUUCCCUGUCUGGUAGUCGCGGUGUAGCAUCGACGUCAGCCGCACCCGGCCUUACAGGCCUACGUGCUCGAAUUUUGAGUAAUACUGCGAAACAGUCAGCACGCCAAAAGAUUGCUGAUGGUCGAUAGCGGAGGUGUGGCAUGGAACAAUCAACUCUUCUUUAACCAGGAUCAGAAACCUUGUUAUUAAUGCGCGCUUCUUUGUGGUCAUGGACGAAAGGUACGCGACGACCGUGUUUAUAAGUACCUGUCCAUAACCAUGGACACGAACAAGUUUCCUGGGAGUUUGGCACAUCAAGAAGAGAGGACAGUGUCGAGCAAACAACUCCGAUACCAGGUUAUGUUCAAGGAUGGAGCCUUACGCAGAAUACAAUAGAAUAUCAAUCUAAGUAGUUACACCAGAUCCCGGAUGAUGUAGCCGAAUUGAACUUGAACUAUUCGUGAAA